UUUUCGUCUAUACGUGCAUAUAUACACAACCAAACACACACACACACACACACAGAUAUAUAUAGAGCCUGUAUGUAGACUGAUCUCUCUCAAUCUCACACCAAGACUUCACAGCAACACUAAACAAAAUUAUGGCUUCACACGUUCGAUCGUCAAGCUGGCCUGAAGAUGUUCAUCCUCUGACUCGAGCAAUCCAAGAUCAUCUCCAGAAACUGACACAGACGCAUUCCACGUGUCAGAAACUCGGUGUUCUGAAGAGUUUGUACGAGGCUGUCGAUGAUUUCCUCCAUUUCCCGAUGAAUACCCUCGAAGAUUCGACCCAUUUGGAAGACGUUUCUGACGGAUUUCUCAGGGUUCUAGACAUAUGCAGCAUAGCGAGAGACGUUUUCUUGCAGAUGAAAGAACAUGUCACCGAUCUCGAAUCUGCCCUUAGGAGAAGAAGCAGUUUGGGAGACGGGUAUUUAGUCGGGUUCAUAUCGAAGAGAAGAGCAAUGAGGAGAAGGGUCGAGAGAGAUGUAAAGCCAAUGAUGAAGAGAAACGAGAAGAAGACGUACGAUAAUGUCUUGAGACAAGUCGAAGAGUCGAGUUUUGAAGUGAUAUCGUCUUUGUUGAUUACAAGUAAGGCGAGAUCGGGUAGAGGGUUCGUGUCUAAGAUGUUUCGCCCGAAGAAAGUGGAAUGCAUCGAAGCAAAGACAGAUGAGAUCGGAUUAUCGGAGGACGAGUUGGAGAGGAUGAAGAGAGGGAACAUAUCGGUAGCCGAGGAAUUGCAGAGACUGAAAGAAACAGAAAUGGGGAUUGAAGAGGUAGAGAGAGGGUUGGAGGGAGUGUACAAGAAGCUGGUAAGAACAAGAGUCUCUCUUCUUAAUAUUCUUACCAAUUGAUAGAGGUUUUGUAAAGGAGAAAGUGUAGCGAUUGAUUAUGUGAAUAUGCUAUCAAUGAUAUUCUCACUUUCUGUGCAAAAGUUUUGUAACAAUUGCAAUAAAC